UUAUUAAUUUUUUUUACGAAUUUAAGCAUGAGUCCAUUAGAAACUCCAUAAAAGUUCAGUAAAUUUUCUAGAUUAUUAUUAAUGGAAUGAGGUAUGUCAAAUAUAUAAUUAGAGACGAUUAAAUAUAUGGAUGCUGACAAUUGAUAUAAGAAUGAUAUUCACUUCUUUCGUUUUUAAUUAUUAUUAAUUGAUUAAUUGCAGAUUAUUUAUUAGAACAUAUUAAAUUGAAGCUUAAUUCUAUAAAUUGAAGGCCAAAUUGUUGUUUACAUUUAUCUUAAAAGAAGUAUCUAGGUAUAAUACUAAGAAAAGGUAGUAGAGAUAAAAUUUAGAAUGUAGUCUGGAAAAAUAAAGUUAGAAAUAUAAUUACAUGAAUAAAGCUUAAAAAGAAGGUUCAGGAAAUUGGAGAAUAGUUCUUUAGUAUUUAUAGGAAAUGAUGGCUUGGAAAGAACAUUUUGGACUUCAAUAAACUUAAAAAUUUUAAUAAGUAUAAGAUAGACUUUGA